AUGAUUGCACUCCUUUUAACCCUCCUCUCCGGGACGCCCUCUUUCGCGUCUCGAGAUACCUUCUAUCCGCCCCUCAACCACACCACCUUCAUCACCAAUGCCUCCCUUGGCACAUACGGCGGCAUCUACAACGCGCCGGCCGACCAAACCAGCCCCUUAGGUGAUGUAUACAACUACUGCAGUAUGCCUCAUCCCACCGAGGAUACAUACUCACUACCACCUCCCGUUGCCAAUCACUCCGUUACCGCUCGCCUCGUUUAUCUUGAGUAUCUCCAGCGCCAUCAGCGUCGCACUCCCUAUAACAUUCUUCCAGGUGGUGAGAACCAAGAAUACAACUGCGACAACAUUCAUCCCCACCUCUACGCAGCACCAGCUUCUCAGGGGACCCUUCCGGCGACCGUCUAUGGUCAAGCCUACUCCGACCCGUCCAACCCAUUCUUGAAUAGCUACGUCAAUGGAUCCUGCCAGUAUCCGCAGCUUACGAUCGGCGGCCUUCUAGACGGUUACCAACACGGUCGCGAUCUCCGCGCCGUGUAUGGCGACCAGCUCGGCCUGAUUCCCGACUCGCCCGAGGGGAAGGUCUGGUUCCGCUCUAGCUCCUCCGCCCUAACCCAGGGCUCAGCGGGCGGUGUCCUCCGUGGAAUCUUCCCCGAGCACUCCGGGCCAAUCCCGCUCCACCAGCAGGCCUCCAGUAUUGACACUGUCGACCGCGGCUUUCCCUGUUCCGCUCGGGACACGCUGCUCUCAUCUAUUCAAUCCACCGCGGAAUGGAACGAACAUCUAUCCGUCACUGAGCCACUACGCACGCGCUUAUCUACCAUGUUUAACGCCACUGGUUCUUGGACUUCGACCUUUGACCACUUCGCCGACAAUUUCCAGGCCCGUCUAUGCAACGGCUACGAACUUCCCUGCCGCGUAGGGGAUGAAUCCGACUGCGUGACAACCGACCAGGCAAAUGAGGUUUUCCGCGCUGGCGACUGGGAAUGGAACUACUGGUGGCGGACCAACGCGAACGCCACGCGAUACAUCCAACUAGUAGAGGGACUCUUUAUCGGAGAAAUCGUGCGGAAACUGGAGGCCGUACAACAGGCCAGGUCCGACUUAGUGUACAGCCAUAAUUUCGUGCACGAUGGCGAUAUCGGACCAAUCCUUGGUGCGUUGGGGAUCAGAUCACUUCGCUGGCCGGGAAUGGCAUCGAACAUUGCUAUUGAGAUUUGGGAAACCUCCGAGUCGGAAUUCUACGGUAGAGUUCUGUACAGUGGAUCUGCGAUUGAGACCAUCCAUGGUACCCUGGACUGGAUCCCGUUGGCUGCGUUGAUCAACAUCCUGAAGCCGUUCAUCCCCGAUGAUAUUAUCUCGAUGUGCAACUAA